AUGAAGAUUUGGAUAGGUUUUGGAGAAGAUGAUGAUUUGGGACUAGGGUUCUUGAGGGCUUUGGGGGAUUUUGGAGUUGUUUUGGAACUCAUUUGGGGGGUUGAAACUAUUGCCUUUACAAGGGAAGCUGCUGCUAAUUCCUAUUUCUGCUAUAUUUUCCUUAACACGGACUAUUACCUCUCAGGAGUGAAACCAUAUGAAGUUUCUUUUCUUGCCAUUUUAACUGCAUGCUCGAAUGCUGGUCAAGUGGAUCAGGGCCUUCAGUUAUUUGAUAGCAUGAAGCGUGACUACUUCCAGAGGACUAUGAAGUAUUAUGCCGUUAUGGAUGAUUUAUUUGGUAGGGCUGGACAGCUGAAAGAGUCUCUAAAUUUUAUUUAA